AUGUUACCACUGCUGGUCACCACCAUUCGUGAUCACGAAAUCAACGUCAUUCUGUCCUUGCCUUUGCCCAAACUCCAACACUACAGUGGUAGAUGGGAUGACAACAUUCCUUGGCGCCAGCUCAAAACGGCCGCUGUCGACUUCAUCGAGGAUGGCACCCGCUGCUGUAUAUUGGAGGAGGUUGAAAUCAAGGAGUUUACAAACUUCCAACAUAUCCAUUGCCCCAACCUUCGAAGUGUUGUGUUAAAUCAUCGGCACACUGGCAUUAUCACGGACUUUUUUACUCACGACCAAAUCAAUCGCCUCAAAACUUUCAAAGGGAAGAACGUUGAACUCGAUGACUUAACUAUGUUGGAGCAAGUCAAAGUUUUACACGUGACGUACAACCACACCCUCACCAACCACACCCCGUUACCGCCCCAUUUAAAGGAAUUGAAAAUCUACUCACAUUCGCCGGUCGAGGGUAUUCCUGACCAGCUUACGGUGUUUGAGUAUUACGAUUAUAUAAGACGUACUAAAAACAUCUCGGUCACAUCGGCGACGCUUAAGCGUUUGCUGAUUGACGGUGCAAAUGUGUUGACGUUCAACUGUCCUCAUCUUGAAGAGUUAAUGAUGGAUGACAUCCGAUCCUGUGGCGAAUGUUUCGCUCCCAAAGUACGGAAAUUGAGUGUGGGAGCCAUCCAAAUUCCCUUACAGAACUUUCCGAACCUUCGUCAAUUACACAUGCUUGAUUUGGUACAUCGAGAGUUUCCUAAAAUUGAUGUUGUCAUUGGCCAUUACCUCGAGUCCGUCACCGUUAAAAAUAUGAAAUUGGACAGAGUCGUACUCUCAGCGAACGAAGUAACCCUCGUAUACUGUUCAUUUCGGCAAACCCCUGCCAUAUCGGCUAAAGUGUUGAAAGCACUGAGAACAUCCAUUAAAGAAGGCAUCACUUGUCAGGAAUUAAUCUGUGACACCAUCGAGCAAAUCCCCGACAUGGUGGAAAAAGCAAGCUUGAGCCGUUUGCCACGGGAUACCCGUCGCUUGUUCAGCGGAUGCAACAAGCUCACGUCGGUUUCCAUCGACUCUGGUUGCUGUAACGACGAUGAGCUUGUGAUCCCUGCGUCUGUUGUACAACUCAAAUUGCCCAGGGAAGCCAAAUUCAGAUUCGAAGGCACGGAAAUGUCCAAGACGCCACAAAAGCUCAAAUACUUCCAUUGGGAGGGAACCAGAACUGAAAAUCAAAUCGACCACACGCCCGAAGGUAUUAAGAAUCGGUUUGAACAGAUCGAGUCCAAUUGGUGCCAUCGCGACAAGUUGAGAUUACGGCAACCUCUCAAUAUUGAACCCGAGAAUGAGAUGUGA